AUGAUUGAUUUUAAUUCAUUAUGUGAAUUCGAGGAUGCCUUAUCCCAAGAACCUGCCACCAACAUCACAAUCAUACUAGAAACUUUAGAAAGUCGAAUAGAAUAUAAGAGAGCCGAGGACGGCUAUGGAUCUCAAAAGGAGUCCUGUGAUCAAAGCUCACCAGAGGUCAUAUUACACAGAGCGUUUGCAGAGUAUGAAAUUGAAAAGGAUGAAUUCGCUACUUGUAGUGGUUGUGGUGGGUCAUUAGCAAUUAAAGAAAACUACAAAAGAUGCUGUGAACUUAUGUCAGAGCAAAGCCUUUCGAUUGGAUCGAGGCUAGAGGAGUCAUUUUGGGUUUCCCUCUUGCAAAAUCCCACAAGUACAAUCAACACAUUUCCUCAUUACACUGAAUUUCUCUGUUUGAAGAAAGGUAUACCGAACCCAAUUAGGUCCCUAAUAUGGAAUAAACUAUUCCUCUUGAAUUCACCAGAACCUCCUCAAAGCUCCAAAUUAAUAUUCAAAAACUUUCAACAUUCGUAUAGUUUAGAAGUGUCUGAACAAAUCGCCAAGGAUUUAAAUAGAACUUUCCCCAAUGUCAAAUUUUUCAACCAGAAGAAGACCAUUAACGAUUUAUCGACUAUAUUGAAUGUAUAUGCUAAUUAUGACUUUGAAUUGGGUUAUUGUCAAGGACUUAUAUUUUUAGUUGGUGUUCUAUAUUACCACCUUAGACAGGACAACGAACUAGUGUUCUAUGCUUUGGUCAAUGUUAUGGAGACAGAGCCUGAAGUACAUGAUAUAUUUGCUGCUUCAACAAUGGCUGGAACUCUUAACAAUUGGUAUCAUGAGUUUCUAUUUAUUUUGCAGCAAGCUGAUAUUCAACUACAUGACCAUUUAACUUCAUUUGUCGAUCCCCAAGUAUUUCUUUACCAAUGGUGGUUAUCAUUCAUGUCUUCACAUUCACCAGAUCUAUCUAUUGUUAAUCGAAUUAUUGAUUUUUGCAUGUUCCAGGGAUGGAAACGUGGGUUAUUAAAAGUCACAUUGGGGUUACUUAUUUGCAACAAACCACUUUUAAUGGCUAUGGGUAAAGGUGACGAAGAAGUUGUUUAUCAACAUUUGUUGAACGAGUCAAAGUGGGGUAAUGCAAUCAACAACUUAGAGUACUUCUUUAGUGAUUUGUUAUUUUCUUGGGACAGUGAACUUUUCCUAACUAAAUACAAACCAACAACCAUCGGGAAAGCACCAAGCCCCAACGUUGUUUUGAGUCCCUUAAAGACAUUCGUAACCAACUUGCGAUCAUUGAAGAAUAGUGCUGGACAUUUGAAAUUUGGGCAUGAAGCAAAAAGUUCACAAAUAUCAUCAAGUAGUUUGCACAAUUUAUCUGAUUCUGAUUUUACUGAUGAUCUUGAGAAUAGUCCCGAUACAAAUUCUAGUAUCAUGUUCUCGAAACAUUCUAACAAUUCCACUUUAUUUGGAUCUAUAGAUCACAUGGAAGAAGAAAACCUAAGGGCAGAGAAUGAAUCCUUGAAAGAUUUAUUGAAGAAAGCCUACAGCUUGAUUGAACCCAACAGUCUUGAAGCUAUUUCCCUUAGAAACGAUAUACUGAAGGGCAAUUCCCAACAUCCAUCAAACAGUUUGCCAUCUUAUAGAAUCAAAGACCCAGAAUUAACCAAAGUAGUUAUUAAUCAGUUAUCAAUCUUAUUAACUACAGUAUCCAACGAAAACAUCGAAUCUCAAUUCAAACAAAUUAGAUUUAUACUAGAUAAACAGGUUUCAAAUCCAAUUGUAAUUGAUAAUUAUUUUGACAAAUUAAUCAGUUUAAUAAGAUUUUCUUCACUUGUUUCCACUACUAAUCAAGAUCUUUCACCAAUCGAAAAGGUAUUUGCAAAAGAGUUAUCCCAUAUUGCCAAAGAUUUGAAUUAUUUGGAGUUAUUGUUCUUACAUUUAUCCAAGCUAUUCGAACAGAUUAAAGAUAUUAAUAUAAUAGACUUUAUAACCAAGUUUAACUGUGACUUAAUAUUAUCAUUUAUUAUUUUAAUUAAGUUCAAGCCAGCAGAUCCAAAAGCAGUUGCAGAAUACAUCAAAGAGAACUCAUUAAAUUUACUCGCUUUUAUUAAAUCAAGAGAAUUCCCACCAAAUUACGAUUGGAGUUUAGUCUUGGAUUAUAUCUUAAACACACCAUUUUUUCCAUUUUUACAUAAAUUAUUAACACUUAGUUCACUUAAGGCAUUUAAGUCACAUAUUGAACCCAUUAAUAAGUUUUAUCAAAAUAUUAUAAAUAUGUCAUUUAAAGAUUUAUUAUUAGAAAUCGGUCCAGAAAGUUUGUUACCAGAGAAAUUAUUGGCAAGCUUGUUGCAAAUAAAACCAAAUGAAAUUGAUCAAGGCAUUGCAUUAAUUUUAUCAGAGAUUUUGGUUCCUGGUUCUCAGGGAUUACCACCCGGAUUAUCGAGUGCAAAUAGCUUACCAGAAGCCAAUGCAAAAGGAGCCCAAUUGCAAGCCAGUUUUAAACAAAUUGAAGCAUCUGACAAGUUCACAAUUAAUUGGUAUGAAGUUUUUAAUUUUGUACAUCAAAAUCUUUUUGAAGCUUCUCAAAGAAGUAUUCAGCCUUCCAUUGCAGGUAUCACUCAAUUUUUAUCCUCUUUAGAUUUCAAACAGGAACCAAUAGAUAUUUUCUUGAAUUAUGAAUGGUGGUUUAGCAAAACAUUAUUGUAUAUUUUACAUUCACUGGACGCUUCCCAAGGUGGUUAUGAUAUUUCAUUACUGAAAAAUUUGGCUUAUUGUUUUGAAGAAGAUAAAAGCAUGGUUGCUUCACCGCAUAUGCAAGUGCCAAGCAGAAGAAAUAUAUUGAAGUUUAUUAACGUCGCAAAAUUGGAGGUACAUGUAAUUUCAAAGAUCCAGCAAGAACAGCAACAACAGCAACAAUUAAAUGAACAAGAAAGAAAAUUGAAUACUUUUUUGAAUCAACUUUUUGAACAUGACUAUCGCGUUUUUCCUGAAUAUAUCUUAGCUGCUGCCUUAACUGUAGUUGAACAAUCUCAUUUUACUAAUGAUCUCAUUGACACAUUGCUUGCAUUGUUGAUAGAUGGAGAUAGUCCUUCAAUUAGUAAAGUUGUUAAAUUACUUAAUGAACAAGGAAUUUUGGUUCUGAAAUUGAGCGAUUACUUCAAAACCCGCAAAACAGUAGACGCAGCUGAUAAAACCAUGAGAUUAUCAUCUAGAUCAGGGAUAAUGCAGGAGAUUUUGGAUGAAUUUUGGAAAGUCGACACAGGUUUAGCUGUAAAGCUUUUGAUUGAGUCAAGUUUAUAUGGAUAUGACAUUAGACCAGUUCUUGAUAGCAAACUUGGAGAUGCCAACAAAGAGCAAGUUUAUCAAGCUGUAUUGCAAGCAUUGGAUGAAAAGGCUCAAAAGGAUUAUGAACGAGGUCAAACACAACAAGCGCAAACAGGAAUUGGUGCUCCACCGAAUAUAUUGAAGAUUCCAACUGUUUCUUAUUUGCUCGAGAAAUUGAAAACCAGCAAUGGAUUGAUUGAUUCAGAAAAAUUGAAGAAUAUUCAAUUAUUGUUGUUAACGACAUAUCCAAGGUUGAUUAAUUUUGGCGCCGGCCACGACGCGGCCAUUCUUGCAAAUGAAGAGAAGUCCAGUUUUUUCCCUCCGGAUGUUGAGCUUGAAAUGAAGUCUUAUUAUUCCAAGAUGUAUAACAAAGAAGUUGAAAUUAAAGAAAUUGUGGAUAUGUUGGUAAAAAUGAAGGUAAGCGAUGAUCCCCAUCAACAGGAUGUCUUUGCAUGUAUGAUCCAUUCAUUGCUCGAUGAAUAUAAGUUCUUUUCUGAGUAUCCUUUAUCAGCUUUGGCUUCGACUUCCUUAUUGUUUGGAGCUCUUUUAGAAAAGGAUUUAAUUCAAGGAACAACCUUAACGGUGGCAUUAAAUUUCAUCUGGGAAUCAUGUAACCAACCACAAGACUCACAUCUUUUUAAAUUUGCCGUCCAGUCAUUGUACAAUUUCAAAUCCAGAUUACAUGAAUAUCCGAUUUAUUGUAAACAUUUAUUAGAAUGCCGUUCUUUGUCAGCUCAUGCGAAAAUGUAUCAAAUAGUGAAAGAUGCAGCUAAUGGAAUCUCCUGCGCUAGUGGUGCUACUCAUACUUCUACUCCAGAUGUUGGUCCUAGAUAUCAAUCUAUUGCAGCUGUUGAAGGAGUUCUUGGAUUUGUAAGACAGGAAGAGCCUAAUGAAAGUACGAAAGAUAAGCUAUUAUUUAGUGUUAACAAUAUGACCACUGAUAAUUUAAGAUUGCAGGAAAUUAAAGAGAUAUUGUCAGAGAACUACUUUGCCUGGUUUUCAAAUUAUUUAGUCGCGGAUAGAGCGAAGGCGGAACCAAACAAUCAUGAACUAUACUCCAGAUUAGUUGCAGAAUUUAAUGAUGCCAUAUUUUUUGAAUAUAUUUUGAAUACAUCAUUGAAAGAGGUUGAAUACAUUAUUAGAAAUUUUAAAGAUUCUAGGAACGAACGUAAUCAGUUGAAGAAUUUAGGUGCAUGGUUAGGAAGAAUUACUCUUGCAAAUGACAAACCGUUAAGAAGAGAUCAAAUCGCAUUGAAAUUUUUAUUGGUUGAAGCUUAUGAUUUUAAGUCGUUGUCAUUAAUCAUUCCUUUUGUUUGUAAAAUAUUGGAUCAAGCUCAGUAUUCCAAAGUUUUCCGUCCUCCAAACCCUUGGAUUUUAGGUGUUAUGAAAGUUCUUGCCGAGCUUUAUGAAUGUGCUGAUUUGAAGUUGCAAUUGAAAUUUGAAAUUGAAGUGUUGUUGAAUUCAUUCAGUAUGAAGAUUAAGGAUAUAGAACCAAGUACAUUGAUUAGGACUCAUAACCCAAAUCCUGUUGCUUUGGCUGCCACAUUUGGUAUUCAUCCCGAAACAGUUACUGUCGCAAACGAAAUGUCAAGAUUGAGUUUAGAAAAUCCACAAGCAAUAGAUAAUGUCCAAGCUUUCCCUAGAACGGUCCCUACAGCACAAAUCGAGAGUAAGUUCCCUGUCCCUCCUCAACAAGCCACUAUUGGAUUAAUUCUGGAACAACAACCACAACGACAACCUGGAGAAGAACCAGUCUUGGACACCAGCUUUAGCACCUUGGUGGGAACCUCCAUAUUUACACAGCAUGCUAAUUUAAGAAGAGCAUUCCAGGCAUCAUUAUCUAGAGCAGUUAGGGAAUGUGCGGUACCAAUCUUGAGUCGAGUAUCCGAAGCCGUCUUGACUACAACAGAAUCACUUAUCAGGAAGGAUUUUUCAACAGAAAAAGAUAUUGUAAAGUUUAGAAAUAGUUAUCAGAAAUUGGCACAGCAGUUAUCUCAUAGUAUGGUACUUUGUAGUGGGAGAAAGUUGUUAGCAGAAACUAUAGAGGCAACCAUGUUACAAUUAUUGGGUAGCAAUUCAAAUGAAGUCCCUAUUGUGGAAUUAAACAAUGCCAUCCAGGCUAAUGUUGGAUUAUGUGUCGAUAUUGUGGACAAAAUUGCUUCAGACAACAUUACAGAAUUGAUUGAUGAGAGAAUGAAGAAAUAUAUUUAUAAUCGUGAACAACAUAAUCCUGCAGAACCAUUUGUGGAAGAAGGAGCAUCUGAAUUUGCUUUAAGAUUACCGGAACCAUUAGGAUUAAGUGUGAAUGGUCUUACAGCUCAACAAAUUCGCAUAUAUGAGAAAUUCGGCGAGCAGACGCAAAGCAAUAUACCAGUGAUGCAAAAUCAUGAGCUUAAUAUUCAACAACCCCCUCCAGCACCAAUUGUUCAACAAGAAGAAGUAAUACCAUUUGAUCAAUUGUUGGUUGCAUUUACACAAAAUUGUGAACGUGCCAUUCAAUUACUUUCAGAAGUUUCAGAAACUAGAUUAUCCGAUUUACCCCCAACUCAUCCAAUAAUGACAGCUUUGACACAAGCAUUGACUAUAGCUCAAACAAACACAUUGAAAUAUCCAGAAUUAUUAUUGAAAGCUGCCCAAUAUGCUGUUAAUUGUUUGUUCACUCAAGUACAUGAAAAUCCAAUGAGCAAUGAAAUCUAUGUUGUUUUAUUAGACAAGUUAUGCGAAUAUUCACCAUCUACUGCAAAAGAUGUUACAUGGUGGUUAGUACAUUCUUCAGAUCAACGUAAGUUCAAUACCCCAGUUAUUUUCUCGUUAUUGAAGGUUCAAUUGGUCCAAGCUAUAAAGUUAGAUACAUCUAUUGGUAAUUUGAUUAAGGAAUCCAACAAUCCAGUGGUUGUUAAGUUUGCAUCCACAUUACUUUAUAAUGUUUUUACAGCUAAUGAGAUUCGUCCAAUUGCAUUAAGAUCCGAGUUUGGUUGUACCUUAGAAGCAUUAUCGAAAUAUGAAGAUGAAUCUGAUGAAGAACAUAGACAGGCUAAACAAGCACGUGAUAAAUUAUUUGACUUAUUGGAAUCUCAGAACCCUCCUUCUUCAGAGCAAUUGUACUUGCAAUUAGGAUAUGUUUUUAGUGAAUGGAUUAAGUUAUUAUCCCAUGGCGAUGAAAGUUCUGGUGAUUUACAAGAGGAAUUUAUUAGAGCUUUAGUUGAUUCCGAGAUUUUAACUAACCAAGAGUACUUCCAAGUGUUUUUCAAGGCUGCCAUUCAAAUUUCCGUAGCUUCUUUUGGAACCGAGCAUGAGCUUCGAAGCAAAACACAACAUGAGACAUAUCUUGGUGUUGAUGCUUUAGGAAAGUUAAUUGUUAAGAUUGUUUUGUACAUCGAUAAUGUGGACCAAUCAAUGGAAUACUUUGGAAAGAUUAUGUCAAUUUGUUUGUUGAAUUUGAUUAAUGAUCAUGAAACUGCUGGACCAAAUUGGAGUGAACGAGCCUAUUUCAGAUUUUUUUCAUCCCUUUUAGCUGCAUGGAAUGAUGCUUCUUGUGUAGAUGAAAAAGCAACUGUCAAAUAUGAUGCUGAAUUUUACAAUUAUUUGGGUGAUGUUUUCAAUUCAUUGCAACCUGUUGUCUUACCAGGUUUAACAUUUGCUUGGGUUUCUUUGAUUGCUCAUAGAAUGUUUUUACCAAGGUUACUUGAAUUAGAAGAUAAAGUUGGGUAUUCUACAGUGGUAAAAUUAUUGACAUCUGCUUUGAAAUUUCAACAAAUUUAUUCCAAGGAUACAAGUCAUGAUGUUAUUAAUGUUGUAUUUAAAGCUAUUAAUAGAAUAUUUAUUGGAAUCUUGCAUGAUUAUCCUGAAUUUUUCGUGGAGUGUCAUUAUCAAUUGGUUACGGCUAUACCUAGAGGUUAUAUUCAGUUAAGAAACAUAGUAUUAUCUGCGUCACCAGCAAAUAUCAUUGCUCCUGAUCCAUUUACACAAGGUUUAAAGGUGGAAAGGUUACCAGAGAUUAAUGAAUCACCAAUAAUCCAUUUCCAACCAAUGGAAGAUUUGACGAAGGUUGGAUUAAAGAAGCCGGUAGAGAAUUUCUUAAGAAUCCCAGCUGCAGCAUUAUUAAGAACAAUUUAUUCAGGAUUUAAAUUGAGUCAACCAAAGGAAGUUAAUGAUUUUGGAUAUCCCGAGACAAUUCAUUAUAAUGUAAAACUUAUAAAUGCAUUGGUGUUACAUGUUGGUAUUUCAGCUGUUACAGAAAGGUCUCCUAAUAAUCGUGGAUUCAAUACCAAGACAUCUCAAGUGGCAUUAUUGGUUGAUUUAAUGAAUUAUGGAUCACUGGAAUUUAAAUUUCAUUUGAUUAAUGCAAUUGCUAAUCAAUUAAGAUAUCCAAAUAGUCAUACUCAUUGGUUUAUUGGAAUAAUUUUACAUUUCUUUAGUUCUAAUUCUAUUUGGGGUAAUUCAGCUGCUAAAUUGGCCGUACAAGAAAUGAUUACUCGUGUAUUAUUAGAAAGAAGAAUAGUUAGUAAGCCACAUCCUUGGGGAUUAACAAUUGUAUUUACUGAAUUGGUAAAGAAUGGAGAUUUUGGAUUCUUUGAAUUGCCAUUUGUUAAAAGUUCUGCAGAAGAGAUUAAGAAUAUAUUUGAUGCUUUAGCUGUUAAUGUAAAGGGAACUACUUUGUUGAAUGAUAAUUAG